AUGAGCAAUUCUAACCUGACAUCCCUUUCCUCUUUGGAGACUAGAGAGGAGUGUGAUGGAACAUGCAGUGAAACUGCUGCUCCAGCGAAUAAUAGCUCAGGUCACAACUUAAAUGGAUAUACUUUAGAAGAGCAUAUUCAAUGGAUUGCCAUUUUUUUAAUCUGCUGUUCUGGUCUUUUGGGGAAUGGAAACAUCAUCUGGCUUCUUGGCUUCCGCAUGAAGAGGAAUCCUUUCACCACCUUUGUCCUGAAUUUAGCUGUUGCUGACUUUGGGGUCCUUCUAUGCUUAUUUAUGCUUUCUGCAUUUUCCAUUUUAUAUGAAAGUUGUAAACAGAAUUAUGUUGAAUGCAAUAUCAGAUAUAACAAUGGCUCAAGUGUUGAUGUACCAACACUUCAACCUUUUCAAUUUAUUUUUAUCUCUGUCUUAAUUAUAAUUAUCUGCAUUUUUGGAUUUGUGGGGAACGGAAAUGUCAUUUGGCUUCUUGGCUUCUACAUUAAGAGGAACUCUUUCACCACCUACAUCAUGAAUUUGGCUGUUGCUGAUGUUGGAGUCCUCUUGUGCCUAAUUGCAUAUCAUAUAAAUGAUAUUUUUGAAGUGGUUUCUGGUAAAAGAGUAUUAACUCCUUCUCUUGUUCAUACAAUUCUUGGCCUCUUGAUAUUCACAUACAGCACUGGCCAGUGUUUUUUGACAGCCAUCAGCAUAGACAGGUGUACGGCUGUCCUCUUCCCAAUUUGGCAUCGUUGCCACCGACCAGCACACUUGUCCACCGUUCUGUGUGUCCUCAUAUGGGCUCUCUCUAUCCUUCUCUGUACAAUUAACCUUUUACUUCUUGACAUUUCCAGCUGGAUGACAGCUUCACUUCUUUGCCUCCCAUUCAUGGUUGUCUCCAGUCUGAUCUUGUUCAUCAAAGUCUGCUUAAAAUCACGACAGCAGAGGCGGGGAAAGCUUUUAACAGCCAUCCUGCUUACGCUCCUCAUCUUCCUGAUCUUGGCUUUCCCAUUGACUGCCGUUUUCCUCAUAAUUGCAUUCAGUUCAGACUUUGAAUGCUAUAUAUUAGAUUUAGGCUUCAUAUGUGCCUCCCUAAACAGCAGCGUUAACCCACUGAUUUAUUUCCUUGUGGGGAUAUACAAGAGGGAUCAGUCUAAGGAGAGCAUGAAGGUCAUAUUCCAGAGGGUUUUCAAAGAAGAAGAGAUUACUGAGCAAGUGGAACUUAGGGUUCCAACUUAG